UGAUGACUCGAUAUUUGCACAUGUUUUCCCCUUUGUUUCUUGAUCGUUUAAGCUUACAUUAUCGCUUCUUUGGCCUAUUUUACGCUAGGUUGUGUUCCUUUGUCACAUUUCAGGUCCUAGCACAUAAAGUGAAGCGUAGGCGCAAGUUUCAAGUCAAUCGGAGAUCAAUUGGCGACUCGGGGGAAGAAACUCGGGUAUGACUUGAAGAAGAUGGAUUUCUACCUCAGUUUGUGACCAGAUAAUCAUGUAAUCUUGUCAUGAGAAGAAAGAGGACGAGACUACGAGCGUCUGGGAUCAAACGGAACCUGAUUUGGAGUCCGAACGAGGGAGAAACGAAGAAUCAAAGAUAGGGGACCCGGAAAUGCAAAAUACCCGACCAUAAUACCCUACCGGGUAUUUUUGGCCAUCUGAUAGGGGAUUUUUGGCAGCAUCAGAAGGCCCCCCGGUCGUGAAC